UUGUCCAGUGAUUUUCAGAAUUGGCUUGAUUCAAAUGGAUAUAAAAGUGAUGAUUUUGAUCGUGGUGGUGGCUACAGCUAUGGUGGAAGAUCCUACAGCUCUGAAAGUGUAAGUAAAACCCCAGUCAUUUUCAUCCAUGGAAAUUCCGACAAAGCUGUUGGCUCUACUGUAGGACAAACUGGUUGGACUGAUUCUAUUGAAUAUUUUCUAUCUCGUGGAUAUCGUCAAUGUGAGCUCUAUGCUAUCACAUGGGGCCCAGCAAGUGCUCUGCAAUCCCCUCAGCAGUACCACUCUAAGCCAUAUUUGACUCGAGUUCGAAGGUUUAUUGAAGCCGUUAAGUCAUAUACUGGUAAAUCCAAGGUUAAUGUUAUUGGUCAUUCCAUGGGAGUUACAUUAGCACGUAAAGCUAUUAAAGGUGGUAGUGGUCAUGAUUCUCUUAAUGGUGGAUAUUAUAAUCUUGGCAGUCGGUUGAAUUUUGUUGAUACCUUUAUUGGCAUUGCUGGUGCUAAUCUUGGUCUUUCCUCCUGCUAUUUUUCUGGACCAACUACCCCUACUUGUGGCAAUACAAAUGGUUUCUAUCCUGGUUACUUGUAUCUUGGCACAGGUCCUUAUGGAGUUUCAGACUUUUUAGAAGAAUUAAAUGCAGAUUCCAGCAGAGAGGCUAGCUAUAUUUUCAGCAUCUGGUCGUCUGUAGAUGAGGUCAUCGGUGGUGGUUCCCUUGUCUAUGGAAAAGUGACAUGCCGAAUUAAUGGACAAAGUAAUGAAAAGGUUUAUAGUACUGUACCUUAUGGACAUUUUGGAGUUAAAGAUAAAACUGCCAGCGUCCAAUACAACAUGGUCACUUAUCAU